AUGGCUGGUGGAGGUAUUUCUAGCAUGUGGCGGGCUGUGUUCGUGAUGAGUUUCAUGUGGGGCUGGUAUUGCUGUGUGGCUGAGCAAGGAACAUCCACAUUUUACACUGCUCCAUAUGUCCAAUCGGCGUGCUAUGGAAACGACCUCAAUCAAUUUCCAGCAGGAGAUUUGUUUGCGGCGGCAACUGAUGCAUUCUGGGGCGGUGGAGCGGCUUGCGGAAAACAGUACCGAAUCACAAAUCAGGGCGUUCCGAUGCCAUGCAAGAGCGGAUCCAUCGUCGUGAAGAUUGUUGAUUAUUGCCCAGCGGGAUGCGCUGGCACCAUCGAUUUAUCUCAAGCUGCCUUCGCCGAUAUUGCUGAUCCAGAUGCUGGCAAAGUUUACAUCGACUAUGAACAGGCCUGA